AUGGGGGACUUCAGAGUGACCGGUGCGACUCGACUGUAUUUUAUCUUGUUCUGUACAAUUAUUAAAGCUGUUAUUAGUACGGGCAUGGGAAAAUGCCCGAUAUACCCACAGUUCCCGAAUUUUGAAAUGACAAGGAUGUUAGGAGCGUGGUACGAGGUCGAGAGAUCAUUUCAUUUAAUAGAAAUCGCGGCAAGUUGCACCGAAAUACACACCAGUAUCAACGAGAGGGGGUAUUUCGUCAUCAACGUACACACUACCAAUAGAUGGACUGGAAACCCAUCAACAUCUUAUGGACUUGGAAUUCCUAGUCACACGGGUUCUUCUGCCUUCCGUUAUAAACUCAAUAAUCGGAUGCCAUACGUCAUUGGACGUAUGCUACCAGGCGCCGGACAAUACAAUGUAUUAUUUACAGAUUACGAUAAUUUCGCACUCAUUUGGUCCUGCACCAAUUAUAGCAUUGCACAUUCAGAUCGCAUAUGGGUGUUAGGCCGGGAACGCGAAAUCGACGCUACUCUUCGCGCGCAAAUAUACGCUAUCAUGCAAGAACUGAACCUAGACCCCGAUCGACUAAUUAUCUCUAAGAAUAACAAUUGCACCAGUGCACCUUAUAGUGACACACAAUAUGCGUAA